AUGCAAAAAGGGUGGGAUACAGGACAUCAAGAAAAGAUUGAAAAGAAUGGUGAGAGAAUCUACAAUUCCAAUCUUAGUGAGAGUUUGGGUGCAGCUUGGAAUGUUGCUGAUAUAGCUGAAGGAUCAACCGUAGUCAUUUUUGGUCUUGGAACUGUAGGCCUUUCUGUUGCACAAGGUGCUAAACUCAGAGGGGCAUCUCAAAUAAUUGGUGUUGACACUAACCCUGAAAAGCAUGAGAAAGCAAAGGUUUUUGGAAUAACACAUUUUAUUAACCCAAAUGACUUUAAGGAACCUAUUCAACAGGUUGUUAAGAGUAUUACAAAUGGAGGGGCAGAUUACUCAUUUGAAUGUAUUGGUGACACUGGAAUGAUUACAACAGCCUUACAAUCUUGCUGUGAUGGGUGUGGAUUAACGGUAACACUUGGUGUACCAAAACUGAAACCUGAAAUAUCUGCUCACUAUGGUGUAAUAGUGCAAUGAAUUUGCUAUUUUUUAAGAUUAGUUUUUGAACAUCUACUAAUCAACCCACAUGCCUCUUCUUUUAUUUUAGCUCUCCUUCCAUACUUCACCCUAUUUCUUUAAUUUUUGGAUGCGUGUAUUUUAAUCCUAGUCUUGUA